AUACAAAGCUCAACAAAAACAUUUGAUUAUCCGUUAGAACUGCCAAGCUACUUGGUUAGUUCUAAUAAUGUAAUAUUUUUGAAAAAAUCUCAAAAUAUGCCGAGGAGUUUUAUUAUUACGUACGGCGAUAUCGUUGAAUUUGAACAAUCUAUGAGUGAAAUAUCAUCAUUAAAUUUCUACUGGCAAACAUCCAGAAGUAAAUAUAUAAUAAUUGCAAAUGACGAGAAUGACCUACCGCAGUUAGUCGAUAUUCUUUGGAAACGUCGAUGUUACAAAAGUAUCAUAUUGCUGGUCUCUCCUGAUACAACAGAAAUUUACAAUCUAGACUUUGAAAAUAUCAAUUGCGGAUCUAACAUUAGGCACACGAGGACUGAACAAUGCACAGGAAAAACAUUGGAUAAAACGUUCCAGCUUUUCUCUCCUGAUAUGAAAAGGUAUUAUAAAAAAUGUCCACUAAGAAUAAUUUGGAGUAAAUCUGAACCAUGGGUAAUCGACGUGGACUCCAGAAGCGAACCAGGGAUUUUCGUAGAAUUUUUGGAUGUAAUUAAGAAAGCAAGUGGAUUCGAUGUAGUAUUUGCGCCUAGAACCGACGUUUACAUCAAAGAAAUUUUUGAAGAUUUCAGAUUCGACACGCUGCUUGAAAAUUUCGAUACAGGAGAAGCCGAUUUAUAUUUGGGUAUCACACCAUUAUUGGAAAAUUUGAGAGUUUCGUUUAUAAACGUAAUGCAUAAUACCUUGUAUAUCAUCGUUCCCAAGCCCCAACAAUUAGCAUAUUGGAGAGCUGUUUACCUAAUUUAUUCUCCGCAAUCAUGGAUAGCCCUCAUGAUCAGUUAUGUCACCGUUUCAUGUAUGUUCAGUUUUUUGAGUCACAAAGCAGAUACGGCAAGAUCUACUCCUUCAGACAACCUAUUAUAUGUCCUUACAAUGGCUAUAGCAAUGGGGUAUCACAGAACCCCAAAAAUUAGCAGACUACGAAUGUUGGCAGGAUCCUACCUCAUUUUUGGUAUAAUAACAUCUGCAGUAACUCAAGGAAAACUGUACAGUUUUAUAAGCAAACCCAUGUAUCAGAAGCCAAUAACCAAUGUUCUAGACCUUCUUAAUUCUGAUAUACGUGUGAAAACCACGGACUCAGUGAAACUAAGUUUCCUGUUCAUAGAUAAAGUUCAUGACGCACUCAUGAAUAAAAUAGAAACUGUGAACACAACUCAGUAUUUCCUCGACAUUGCUUUUGAUGCAUACAAAGACAAAUUUGCUACUAUCAUUGAUGAAGGGGUGUUCAUUUUGCAGCCAAGUUUCAAAGAAAAUAUGCAACAUUUCAUUCAUUUGAGAUACAUAACCACCUUUUAUAUGCCUUUCAACCAUGUUUUGUUUGAAUAUAUUGACUACAUAACAGAUAGGAUGGUUGAGACUGGGAUUCUGGAAGCCCUAAUAUCAAAAUGGAGGUUCAUUUAUGGUACCCGAAAUAUAAUAGAAGAACGUAAAAUAGAACCCAGUUAUAAUUUUGCUCAGUUGGAGCCCGCCUUAUUUGUACUGUCUUUAGGUUAUGCAGCAUCUUCCUUAGUUUUUCUUUCAGAGCAAUUGAUAAAUUAUCUGCACUGCUUUAGAUUCAUCAGUUGCAAUUGUGAACGUUGA